GUCAGUAAUGUUUCUGUAGUAAAUUUCAGGCGUUGAAUGUGUUAAAAAGUGAGGCAAAUACACAGGCACAGCAAUAGACAGCCCUGGAAAGAAAAGUUUUCAAGAUGGCUGAUUCCAAAACGCCGUUGCUGGGUUCAGGCCAGGUGGGAAGUGCGCCCGAACCACCGCCUAAAGAGAACGCAGCGCUCUACUAUGACUCCACACAGACACCUGUGCAGAGAUAUCUACAGAUUUCCUUUGUUGCGAUGGUGGUGAUAAUGGUUUUGGUGUCCCUUGUAUUGAGUUUGUACAGAGGAAUAACCUACCAUUACAAUGGGGCCUUAUACCUUCUUCUGGGCAUCUGCAUGCUUGGACUAGCAGGGUUGGAAGUGUUGCUGAUCUACAUCAUCAGAAAGGGAGACUUUCCCAAAGAGAAGACGUGGUUCCUGUUCUUUAUGGGGUUCUGCAUCCUGCUGCAGGGGGUUUUCACUGACAUCCUGGUCUUCUACUAACCAAGUUUCCAUUCCAGACACUGUGCCAUAUGUAAAAUGCAUAGAUCUGACCUGCGUGCCAGAAAAAAACUUCCAAUUGCAGAAAUUAAAGCGGUAUUAUGUAAGAUUUUCACUAUUUCAAACGUUGUUUUACACAUUUUCUUGUGCUAUAAUUAGUAUAAGCCUACCUGGGUUCAUAAUGACAUUUGUGGAGUAAAAGAUCAAUGUCGUUGCGCCGCAAAAAUGGAAGCUGCCGAAGAUAC